AGCUUUGUGUAAAAAUAAGGCUGUGAUUGGAGUUUCCAGGCAACAUUUAGUUGAAUGACAAAUUGUCACUACUUUGUCGGAUUGAAUUUAAGUUGAGCUAUCGCUCUUGGCGAGUUAACACGGGUCCAAAUAAAGUGAAUAACUUACGAAAUGUGGAACCUUCGAUUGCAAAGUGCAAUAAUUUUUGCUUGUGUUCUCAUUGUCUCUGGAAACGAUUUUGGGUAUGAUGGCCAACAAGGACCGCAACAUUGGGCAGAUGAUUACAAGCGUUGCAGUGGCAAGCAUCAGAGUCCUAUUAAUAUUGAUAAGCUGCACGUCGCAGAGAUAUCAUACCCUGAAAUUAAGUACUUCAAUUUCGAUGCAAAGCCCAAAGCCGUACACAUGAAAAACAAUGGACACACUGUCCUGGUCACAAUGAGCUUUGAGCCGGGCAAGGAGCCUCGAGUAUCGGGCGGUCCAUUGAAUACUUCAAAUGGUAAGGACUUUCAAUUCGAGCAGUUUCACUUUCAUUGGGGUGAGAAUGAUACUGUGGGGAGUGAGGAUAUGAUAAACAAUCAUCGGUAUCCCGCUGAAAUGCAUGUGGUAAUGCGUAAUCUGGAUUACAUAGACUUUCAAAGCGCAUUAGGUCAGGAACUUGGUAUUGCCGUAUUGGCUUUCUUUUUUAAGGUUAAUAAAAAAUUGCAUAAUCCUCAUUAUGGAGAGUUCGUGGAGAUGCUAUCGUUAAUAGACAGGAAGGGCAGUUCUACGGAAUUGGAGCUACCGCUGCCACUAAUGAAGUUUCUCUCAGCGAGCUCGAUGAACUAUUACACUUAUGUAGGUUCAUUGACAACGCCACCUUGCGCUGAGAGAAUUAUCUGGAUAGAUUACCAGGACCCCAUAGAUUUAUCGGAGUACCAGUUGAAUCUCUUUCGGAAACUGACGGCCAAUAAUGAGCAUAUGAGGAAUAAUUUCCGUCCAAUUCAACCUCUAAACGAUCGAGUAAUUUACAAGAACCUCGUCAACGAUGAUAUGAUUGAAAAAAGCUGGAUUUCGCCACACAAUGGAGCUGGUUUUACAGAUACUGGGAGUGGGGCUAUCCUACUAGGCUGCAGUCUGGUCAUGCUGCUCAGGGGCAAUAUUUUUGCUGCUUUUAAUUAGAAUUGAUUGGCUGAUACCACGUUUCAGUCCGCAUAGGAAUUUGUUUGCGCUAAAAACAUUGCCUGCAUGCUCCAAAUUUUAAUUAAGUCUUUUAUUUUACUUACUCGUCGCACACUGGAAUUGUUUGUUUAUUUGUCGCAGGUUGCGAGCGCAUGCUGCAAUUAAAGGCUGGGUCCAAAGUAUGGCUAUUAAAUACUUCAGGAAUUACAAAUUGAUGUCAUUGAACAUAUUCUGCAUAGUUAGAAAUCUUCAACUUUAAUCAAUCAACUUUAGUUAAUUGUAUAUCUUAAUAUGUGUAUAUUGUAGUAGCUUUACUUGCUUUUCAAUAAACAAAUAAGAAACAGUUUCUUACUAUAUUCGUGGUCAAGCGACUUGAAAGUGAAGGAAGAGCCAUUAAAUGAAGCCCUUUACAUUUACCUUUAAUACCUACAGAGAAAAAGCUUUAAUUUAAAUGAACGGUGCUUGGAUUU